GUCGACUUCCCGACAAGCCACACAAAAACAAGCCUGCAUUGGACUCUAACAAGAACCAAUUCAAUACUAGUUAACCAUGAUAAACCCGACUCGAUCGCAGAAAUUGUUCAUGCAAAAUUGAGAAGAGGGCAACAGCCAGUUUCCAAAGAGACUCAAAAAGUUGGAACUAGAAUCAGAAGCGCCACUGUCACUGACCAGAUAAGAGCACGCAGACAGAGCUAACUGCAAAAAUUUGGAGCGAGACUGUAAAUGGUUCUGACAGAGGCGAGUUUCAUCAUCCAAACAGCCCCAAGUUACGAUAUUUAAUACGAAUCACAGACUUUUCAGCCUCGGCCCGUCCCCAUCAUCGACGACUUCGACCACCUCUGCUUUUGUACUUUUGCGUUUCGCUGGUUUUGUUUGAUCUUCAGUUCAGUGGCUCGUACUUUUUCGGAAUCAUUUGUUGAUUAGAUGCCUUCUAAUUUUACAACAUAUGUGUUAUGGUGACAGCAUGAAUUAGUCACUGGCCGGCCCAAUGAUCCCUUUUUUACCGUUCGUUACUGGGCUACAACAAAUACAAGAUUUGAACAUAAUUACCUGUUUAUUAAUCUAGAAUUUAGAUAAAUAGACCACAAACUUUUCUAAUUGGCAGCCGUAUGGUUUUUUCAUGAACAAUUCAAUGAUUCUGAGCCUUGGGAGUGCCUGCUUUCAGUUUAGAUGCAUAGGAGUUGGAACAAGAGAAAAUAACCAUAGCCACUCUCCAAGAACAAAUCUAGAUCUCGAAGAAAGGGGCUAAACCCAUCAUCACAACACUUUUCAAUGCUUUGCUUGACCUACAGAUUCACAUUUUGUAACUGCAUCCUUUAUCAAGAUGGAUCUCUUUAUAUAAGUUGGAAUGUGACUUAUUUGAGAUCAUACUAUCGAAGUGUGACUUCGUCAUUACUAGAAGGACUGCUAAGGAAGUUCGAAUGAUUGCGAAAAAAUAUCUGUUUUGCUCAUGAUCUUUAGUCGCAACGGAGGGGAAGACGGUACUUAUCUAUUUAGAGACCUUAUCUUGCAAACUCUACUCUAGUUCUACGAGCAAUGAACCCUCGCAUCAUCCUCACAAACUUGCACCACUACAAUUGCAGCGAGAGCAUGUAUAGUGUAUACUAACAUGUUUGUCUCUGACGUAAGCCAAGUCGUUUUUCGCUAAAGACCUACGAGAACAACUCGGUGUCAUCGCUUGCAACAUUCGAGUUUUAGAGUAACCACUCUACACCAAAGACAGAAUGCAGACAAACCAGAUCAACGUUAUCAGAGUAAUGAAAGAGGACGAGAAGUGAAUUCGGCCAUAUCAGCCAUGCUUGGCUCCAUACCACCUAGAUCUGCACAUGCCAACAACUAUAAACCCAGAACUAUGAACCUGCAAAAAUACCUUCCGCGAUUCACAGAAGACUACUACCAAGCACAAUAGAAGCAGAAAUCAUCCCAUCCAUUUGCACUACUGCAGUAAACCAGAAAGAAAGAAAAAAAGAGCGAUAAUCCAGCUCUUAUAUAAGGCUUGUGAAUAUUCAAUCCUGAGGUCUACCGGAGGGCCUCACGACGGUAUAGUCUCAACAAAUAUAUUCUUUUCCCCUAACUCAAAAUAACAUAGGGCUUACCCACCCUACCCGAUGUCUUUAUUUUCAAGAAAUGCCUAAUGUUUCUCUUCCAGGAAAAACAAAGUCCAAUUCGGGACUAUUAACCAAGGGCAAAUGUCGAAACACAAAUCUCUGUCAAAAUCACCAAGAAUCAAUCAAGCAGUCGAUGCCUUCAGGUAUGCAAUAAGGUCUGCGCGAUCCUGUGGCUUCUUCAAUCCAGGGAACACCAUCUUAGUUCCAGGAAUGUACUGCAAAAGAAAACAACAAUCAACCAUCAGGUCCGUGGUUGAGAAAAAACAAGCUCCUUGCACAUCAAAGGAGCAGCUAGAUGCAUCAAUUAUUGCAAAAACUUAUCCAAGGCUACACAAGCACAAAAAACUCCCCGCAUUUGGAUCAGAACAAGUACCAGACUCACGACACGGAGACUAGCUUGUACAUGGAAAACUAAUUGUUGAUCUAAUAUCAAACAGUUCCUCACAAUUUCCACCAUGGAUAGAGCUAAAUGAUUACUGCUUCAUAGCUACAAAUAACCAUCAGAAACUACCAAGCCGCACCUCAAACUGGCUCAUUCCUCAACCAUAAUAAAAAAAAGUAAACGUCCAUUUCCCAGCUAAAACCACUACAAAGGGCAAUCUCAAUUGUCUAAUAUAUCUAAAACAAAUCAGAGGAAGGGACACGAGGAGGCCACGAACCACUUUCAAUCUGCAAAAUCUACCAACUUUUAUAUUCAGAAUCUAACAAAGAUGGAUGCCUUACCUUCUUUGGGUUAAGCAAGUAGUCGUACAAUGUAUUUUCUCCCCAAUUGACAGCCAUGCUCUUGUUGGCAGCAGAGUAGGAAUAGCCUGGGGUUGUGCCAGACUGCCUUCCGAAAAGUCCAUUCAAGUUCGGCCCUGCACAUUGCAUAACCUCCAAUUAUCAAUCUCUGAACACCAAAUCGACGAGCAAAACCCCCUUAACAUCACAACAACAAAGAACCAUCGUGCCUCGCAAGGCCUAGUCGAUGUAACCUCCAAGCUCAACUCAAUAACAAAUCACAAGAAGAAAGCCCCAUACAAUAUUAUGAUCAAUCACCCGAAAAGACGAUUCACUUCACAGCCAGAUGAAACGAGAGGGUAAAAAAAACAACCAGAUUGCCCAAUAACCACAAAUCUUAAACCAACUAAUGAAGACACCUCCUCCUUCUAUCACCCUAAAUCCGAAACCUGGACCAUCCAAAUUCGGAAACAGACGAUGCACAAACGGAGACCAUAAACAAAUCGAAAUAAAAAAACAAAUUAACAUCUAUAAUCGGGAAGCAGAUCGAAAGCCGGCGAUCGUCAUAACAGCAUACCUUGUUUGUGGCCAGCGCCUUUCUCGACGGUGUGGCACUGAGCGCACUUCAUCUUGAAGAUCUUGGCGCCGCUAUCGACAUUGCCGGGGGGAGCUUCGUUGAACGACGCCAUCGCUGUGGGGAGGACGAGAGAGAGACCGGUGGAGAGAAGGUUGGAUUGGGGAAGGGAGAGCUCUAGGGUUUGAGGUCUGAUUUCCGAGUUCGUAGAUCUGAAGCUAAAAAUAUUCAGAGGAAGCUGCGAGAAGAAAGGGCCUUUUUGUGAGGUGGUGGCGGUACACACGCCAUCUUAAUACGACUUUUUCUUUCAUUCCAAUUUUGCCCUUUCCUUUCCCUUAACUGCAUUGGCUGUUCUAGUACUUUCCACGCGCCUCCACUUUCCAGGAUGACGUCGAAAUAUCAGAAGUUCAGAACGUAAACCACCAUUAUUGGCCCAACUCCGGCCCGCCUUGGCCCAAUGACAAUGGUUGCAGCCAGCGGUUCAACCGGUCGGUUGAACCGGUCGCACUCAGAUGAUUCUUUUUAUAACGAUUUGUCAAUGUCAUCUUCUUAUGAUAAAGUUCGGAUUAAGAACUCGAACUGAAGCGAACAACAAGUAUUAACACUUUUACUUGUUGAAGUUUUUGAAUAUAACAUUGAUAGAGAGUCUAGGUUCGGUUCACUUGUCACAUUUAUUUUUUAUUUUCCAUUGAUAUGUGACCUUACGUGCAUCUUGUAUCAGUUCUGCUUAAAGAUUCACAUGACCUCUAGCUAAACAAUAUAUGAAUAUACAUAUUGGUUGUAG